CAACUCCAUAUUUUCAAAGUGAAACAAAAGUGAGACAAAAUUUCUCGAAGCAAAAUGGGGGAGGAGGAGGACAAUGACAAGAAAAGGAAAAAAAAGAACUCUUCCAAAUACAGCUACAAUUUCGGAGACUUUUAUCCAGGUGUCCAGAUUGGUCAUAAAAACUGUCUCUACUACAAGCCAGGCCUGCCCGUGCCGUCUAGCAUGGGCUGGCUGUGGAACGCACAGGACGUGCCAGGAAUGAAGCCCCGUCGAGGUUGGUCUCCCGGCGUCAUUGGCAAGAGUGUAGCGAAAACGAUGACGUUCAAGUUUGCCAGAGGAGGACCAGACAAAGAUAAAAAUAAAAAGAAGAAGAAAAAAGGGCACAGACCAGGCGCGGAUGUGGGUGGCGGAGACUCUGAACCAGACGAACCUUUGGAACCUAAACCAGCUCUUAAGGUUCAGAGAAAAGGAGACGUUUUUACAAUACAGGUCAAUCCAUUGAAAGAUUUGACGGAGAUUUUGCCAAACGAAGAUCCAUACGUGGACUGUGAUCCAAUGAUCUUCAAAAUUAUAAAGAAGCGAAGUCCAGAAGAGCAAGCGAAGGUUGAGGCGCGGAAAAUGGUUAAAUUAAAAAAGCAGCGAGACGGCGAGAUUCGGAAAGCAUUGGCCGAGGCUGUGGAGGACAUUUGCAAGUGUGCUUACAUGGAUGUGUACUGUAACGACUUGUCCGCCAUCGAUAAAGUCAUCGAUAGCUGUCCAGCAUUCAAAGAUCCUGAUUGCAUUUGUCAGGAGGAGUCUUUGAGCUCCUUAUCGAGUAAUGCAACUUGGGACAUUGAGUAUACGCCUCCGUUUGGCUGCUUUGAUUUAGCUCCGAGGAAAAGGAAGACCUAUAUCCAUGUGGAGACUCAGUACAUACCGGCGGACGCGGGCAUCGUGGAGCCCCCGCCUAAGCCCAAAUGUAGAAGGUCCUGCGCCUCAAUAAGACCCAGAAAAAGAGUAUCCAAGAAGAGUUGCUGUGGUCCUUGUGCUUGCUGAUUUAUUGUUAUUAUUAUAGUUUAGUUUGGAUGAAAUUACUUACAUACAGCUGA